GUACGCGUAAGGUGAUUCACAUUUAUUGCGUCAUUUCGUCCUAUGACCCUGUCCCGUGAGCAGGGUGUAAAGCGCAGGCGUCAGUCUGAAUCGAGUGGAGUCGAACCGCCAGCGAAGAUGUUGGCUGCGAAUAGUGCCGAGCGCCACAGUCUGUGGAACGUGUCACUGAAGAAGCUGCAGGUGUGUCAAGCGGUGGGCACGGAGCGUUGCCUGAGAAAGACGGUACUCGUCUACAACACGCUCAAAGUCAUACACUCAACGUUCACCGGCGUCAGCGUGUCCGACGGAGAGACGGCAGCAGAUGUGGAUGAUGCAAAUGACAAGCUACAGAGUUGUAAGAGUUCACCGCUCUUGGAGGAGUGUGGGGACGUGAUGGUAGCGGGUGAACUCAUCAGCGACGAGCUAGAAACGUUAGAUGAUCACAUCGAGUUGGAUAUUUACAGCACGAACGACGACGAAUGCACGAGUGUCGUUUAUUACAAUGAGGAUUUUGAUGAUGAUGAUGAAGUCGAGGGUUGGAACAAAGAAGCAGGAAGCUCCUCGUUUUAUGAUAAUGAGCGUGAGGGGACGGGGAAAAGGUGUCCGUUGACGGCGAGAGAAGGAAACGAGAGCAAACGCGUUUGCGUCGGUGAGCACGAGAUCAAGUUUGAAAAGCUGGGAGAAAGCGGUGAGCUCGCAGACCGUGCACGUGACCAACAUGUCGACGUUCUGAGCUCGUGUAUGAUGCAUUGCUGUCUGCAGACGGGAACGAGCGGUUUCCGUGAAAGUUUUUACGAGAGUUCUUCACUUCUCGAAGACUCGCUGCAAUGCGUCAAUUCGGACGUUUCUCCGAAUAACACGACCGCUUCCGGUUAUUGUGAUGACGUCACUGAGUGUCGCUUUCACAUUGGAGUUGAUGAUAAUCCUGUCUCCGCCUUGUUGAGCUGUGCUAAUCAGAGAAGUCAACUGUCUUCCUGUGCGUUGGAAGUGGCAAAUCCAGCAGGAAGCGAGCACUCCAGGUUGGUUGAGAUCUUGGAAAACUAGUGAAGAGUAGUAUAAUGAAUGGGGUGAUAGUAAUAUGGUAUGCUAGUGUGGUUUAACUGUCUUCUAGUGGAAUGCAUGGAAUUGUUACAUGUCUGGUCAUUGUAGCAACAGUUAUAUGAAAUGCAAAGAUUACUAAGAGUGUAUAUUA